AUGGACUCGGAGGAGUCGGACUUCUACGGAGACGAGGAUAUUAUUGAAGGGCUGGAGGCCCGCGUCAAUUCUUUCAAUGUCGCCCAAUGGUGGGAGGAGACAAGGGCGGUCCAACUCAACCGGAAAGCCAAGGCGGAGCCGGCCGACAGCACCAAGCUACAUAACCCAUACGCAGGUGUACCUUAUGCGUGGCAACUAACCGAGACCCUCAGUGAUUUCCUCAAUCGCCUUCCUCCCGAGACAACUGAGGGCACUGCCGACGUUCCCUGGAUUUUCAUCUGUAACCCGUUCAUUCCUCGGAAGAGCAGGUUUCUCGCACAAAACCAAUUCAGCAGAGGCAAUGAGGAUGAAGCUCCAGAAGAGGAUGGAUCACAGCUCAACACCCUAAUUGAAGGAGGCACCGAGAGGUUGCGCAUUCUGGGCAACUUUGUGGACGGCAUCCACAGGACGAAAAAGUCUGCGACAGCAAAGCUGUCAGAGAUCAACCACGAGAAGAAGCAGGCAGUCAAGGACGUCCUGUCUCUCGCGCACGCGUGCAAAUGGCUUCUUUUUUGUUCGCCCCGAGACGUGAAUGAGGUAUGGGCAAUCAUUGCCAGGGCCACGGCAAACAACGAGCUUGGCAUCGCUGCUAAAGUGGCACCGCGACAAGACGCAACCGGCCGCAAAGAUCGAAUGAUUGCUGUUUACACUGCCGAUUUCAACGAUGUCACAGACGUGAUGAGGGUGUUGCGUCGGCUCCGGGAGCUGAAAGUAGUGGAGGCGAUGGGACGACCUAUCUAUUAUAAGCCGGACGCCUUUACAUACAUUGGGGUUGCCCACGGCAACCAGUGGGAUAUCAGAGCAUCCAUUCACAGUUCUCUAGAUAUCAUGCCCAAGCAAUAA